AUGACCAUAACCAUAGUUGAUUAUAAUGUCCGUGACUACUCUCACGAUAAGUACGAUGUUGUCUUCCACUCCGAAACAAUUCACACAUUGGUCACACAUACUCCUUCCAUGGUCGACGCCUGGCUCUCAAACCUCCCCCGAAAUAGCCACACCAGCAACUCCCUCGUUGGCCUUGAUGUGGAGUGGCUCCCAAACAGACAACGUAAUAUGGAUAACCCAAUUGCUAUCAUUCAACUCUGCAUAAACAGAGAAUGCCUUGUUUUUCAAAUCCUCCGUGCUUCAUUCAUCCCACAAUCACUUGUUGCAUUUCUUGAGAACCAAGGCAACACAUUCGUUGGUGUUGGUAUUGAACAGGAUGUGGAGAAGCUUCUUAGAGACUACUCUUUGCGCGUUGCGAACUUUCUUGAACUUCGCACCCUCGCUACUCAGAGAUUGGGGGAAUAUGUGAGAGGUGCUGGACUUAAAACAUUGGCUGCUAAUGUUCUUGGUAAAGAUAUUGAGAAACCAAGGAGGAUUACUAUGAGUAGGUGGGAUAAUUUUAAGCUUACUCCUCAGCAGGUUCAGUACGCUUGCAUUGAUGCUUUUGCUUCAUUUGAGAUUGGAAGGAUUCUUUAUGAUAGUAGGGUUUGAUUGCUUAAUUUGUUUCUCGUUUAUUUUUCUAGAAAGA